UCUCAAUUUUCUUGUCGCUGGUAUCCUCCAAAAGGACGAGAAACUGCGCAAGAACAUACAAAAAAAUGAAUACACGGCCUUCCAAUUCGCCUUCCCCUCCACCUGCGGCCCCGAUCGCGUCGACACCGGGGCCUCGUGCUGCGGCGCUUCAGAAAGUGUUUGCAGGUGCAUUGUCGUCCUCAAUCAGAGCGAACUCGUACGCCAAUUUCAGCUCAUGUUUCCCAACACCUGCGAAAUAUUGUCCGACGGCAUUGGAGGGUGUAUGGAAACAACUCAAUACCAGGCUGGAAGAGGAGUGCACACGAGAUUUUGAAAAGAUCCUUGAAGAACGACAAGUCAUUGAGGGCCUUAAUCAGUGGGAUAAUAUGAUUGAGGAUGCAAGAACCAGGAAAAAUCGCAGUGUGGAAGGCGAAACGCCUGACAGGCCACUACACACCCUCUCCGCAGACGAACUGUACGGCGCCAAUGUGACGCCCUUUUUGCAGCAGGCCAAGACAGAAGUGUCCUCCAAACUACAGACGACACAGCAAGACAACGCGAUGAUGGCGGCCAAGGUCAACGAUGAACGAGCUGAGAUUGAACAACUAUUAAACGGCUUAGAAGGGGUUGUACAGGACAUCGAAGGCAGUGUUGCUGCCAUGUACGCGCACGAGCAAAAUGACCCCAGCGAAUUGAAAAGCGCCGUUUGGCAAAUGGAGCAAGAGGUGGCCGCUACACGAUAGCGCGAGAUGUUUGCUUUCUCUUGGACGAGGCUAUGUCUUCUUGCAUUUAGCGUUGGCGCUGACGGAGUCUGGUUCUUUUGUCUAGCAUGAAUUCCUCAUGACAUCGACAAAUCACAUAUUCGGAAGCUCUUUGUAACACGAGACGAUGUUAGAAAAUGACAUGACUGCGGUAACGAGCCAUCAAAGGACCUAUCGAUCGAUUGUACUCCGUACUCAACGGUGAUUUGGCUCUUUCGAACUGCAUGACAUUCAGUGGUCGCCAGG